GCUUCCAUUUCCCCCUCAAAGCUUGAACUACCCCAGCGCUAGCAGUGCGGAAUUAUCUCCAUGCCGUUAAAUAUGGCAGGUUUGCCGGUCCAUACCUUUGUUGAAGAUAUGUUGUGUAAGUAACAAUAUGUCAGAAGCGAAUUCGGGUCCUGAGACGGGAAUUGAAGAGUCCAAUUGGAGGUAUUCUGUUCCCAUAUUAAUACGUAGUUAUUUGCAUAUUGAAAGAACGUGACGAUGUGGAGUGACAAGACCUCGAGGAAUGAAGUUGUCGUUUCAUUUCCUUCGGCUUAAGCGCCCCCACAUUAACCCGAGAGACGACCCCGCGAAACCCCCGCUUCACGAGAGUGGAAGCUUGUUGACUUCUUUCAUACUCUACAACUUUUCUCUCUCUACAAUCUCCUAGCCGAAUUGUACAAUUGAGAAAGUCAAGAUGUAUACAGCUUCAUUCGCAUUCUUCGAAGCUCUCUGGGAAGCCGGAGUAACCUAUUGCUUCGUAAACCUAGGCUCAGACCACCCUUCCAUCAUCGAAGCCAUCGUCAAAGGCCAAAACGAAAAGAAAGGCGAAUUCCCCCAAAUCAUAACAUGUCCCAACGAAAUGGUAGCCCUCUCAAUGGCAGACGGCUACGCCCGCCUCACUGGAAAACCCCAAUGCGUAAUCGUCCACGUCGACGUCGGCACCCAAGGCCUCGGAGCAGCAGUCCACAACGCCUCCUGCGGCCGAGCCCCAGUCCUCAUCUUCGCCGGCCUGUCUCCUUACACCCUCGAAGGCGAGAUGCGAGGUUCACGCACCGAGUACAUCCACUGGAUCCAAGACGUGCCGGACCAGAAACAGAUCGUAGCGCAGUACUGCCGGUACUCGGGCGAGAUCAAGACCGGACGGAACGUGAAGCAGAUAGUGAACCGCGCGUUGCAGUUUGCGACCUCGGAUCCGGCGGGGCCGGUGUAUCUUUGCGGGGCGAGAGAGGUGAUGGAGGAGGAUUUGACGCCGUAUCAGCUUGAUCAGGGGUUUUGGAAUAAGGUUGAACCGGCUGCAUUGCCUGGGACUGCGGUGGAGGUUAUUUCGGAGGCGUUGGUGCAGGCGAAAGAACCUUUGGUUCUUGCUGGUUAUACUGGAAGGAACCAUGCUUCUGUUGGAGCGUUGGUGGAGUUGGCGGAUACUGUUAAGGGGUUGAGAGUCUUAGAUACAGGUGGAAGUGAUAUGUGCUUCCCAGCAGAUCAUCGGGCUUGGUUAGGAUUGAGAUAUGGUAUUGAUCAGGCGAUUAAAACUGCAGAUGUUAUUGUAGUUAUUGAUUGCGAUGUCCCAUGGAUCAACACACAAUGCCAUCCAGCCAAGGGUGCAAAAAUAUAUCACAUUGACGUUGAUCCUCUGAAAAACCAAAUGCCAGUCUUCUACCUGAACGCCUUAGCCCGCUACCGAGCAGACAGCUACACAGCAAUCACCCAACUAACCACCCACAUCCGCACAACCCACACCUCAACGCUCUCCUCUUCUCUUUACACCGAACGGUGGUCUACCCUCGCAGAAGCACACACCAAACGCCUAGAAACCAUUGCCGCGGCCGCAGCUCCCAAAUCCGACGGCACAUUCGGCACGGGACACCUGUGCCGCGUGCUCCGCAGCAUUGUCCCCAGCGACACGAUCUUCGCCAUCGAAGCCGUAACCAACACCGCGUUCGUGGCCGACAACAUCCAAGCCACGCUCCCGGGUUCGUGGAUCAACUGCGGCGGCGGCGGACUCGGCUGGUCGGGCGGCGGAACGCUCGGUAUCAAGCUAGCCACCGAAUACGAAGCGAAGAAGAAUGGCGGGAAGGGGAAGUUCGUGGUGCAGAUAGUGGGAGAUGGGACGUUUUUGUUUAGUGUUCCCGGGAGUGUGUACUGGAUUAGUCAACGGUAUGGGAUUCCUGUUCUGACGAUUGUGUUGAAUAAUAAAGGAUGGAACGCACCGAGGAAAUCUCUCCUAUUGGUACAUCCCGAUGGACUAGGCUCCAAAGCGACAAACGAGGAACUGAACAUCAGUUUCGCGCCGUCGCCGGAUUACGCGGGGAUUGCGAAGGCGGCAGCGGGUGGGAACCUGUUUGCGGAGAAGGUUAGUAAGACGGAGGAUUUAGAGGGGGUUUUGAAGAGGGCGGUGGAGAGUGUGUUGAGUGGGACGACGGCGGUUAUUGAUGCUGUUGUUGUCAGCGGAUGCUAAUUAGAUGAUGGAUGGAAUGAAUAGAUUGAAAGAUUAGACUGUUGAAAUUGAGGAUUUCAUUAGACUAGAUGGUUUUGUCGGA